AUGACAGACCUGCCAGCAUCCGUGCCACGGAAAAUUGCGUUUGCAAACAACACCGGUACCCUACCAUACGAUCUUUCAGCGAUCAAUGGCAUCAACCUGAUAUCAAGACAAUCGAGUUGCACCAACUCCUCCUGGGUAGCAUGUUCCAACAAGGCUGGAGAGUGCUGUCCAUCUGGAGAGACAUGCUGCGUGACUAGCAGUUGGUGUGCUGCACCUGGCGGGACAUGCUGCGCGUCAGGUACAUGUCCAACUGGAUGGAAUUGCUGUGGUGUCAGCCAUUGUUAUCCUGUGGGCGGCCAGUGCUGCUCUGACGAAUUCUACUGUGAUCCCGGAUACUAUUGCGCGUCUGAUGGUACUUGUGCUUUGUUAGCCAGCGUAACCACCACUGUAACAAACCUUGGUGCAACCGCACCAGCAACGGCCGAUGUAGCCUCCGUAUCAGCAACAUCUUCAAAGAUAUCAACGACAUCAAGCAGUACUCUGUCAACCAGUACCAGCGCAACAUCAGCCCUAGAUGCUGCCGUCAGCGCCACAACGUCGGCUGCUGCCAGCUCAACUCAUAGCUCGGGCCUCUCUGGAGGAGCAAUUGCUGGCAUAGCUGUCGGUGUUGUCGCCGUGAUCGCUCUCGCUGUCGCACUAGGAUUCAUCUUCGGUCGUCGUCGCAAGCAAGAUCCACAACCACAGCCAGCACCGCCCACACCAGCUAUGGCCCAAGCACCACCUCAGUAUACCCAGAAGCCCAGCGAAGUUCAAUACGUGCCUCCACCAACCCAAUAUCAGCCCCCACCAGCUCAAUUCGUGCCUCCGCCAGGUCAACCUCAGUCUCCCACAGCAGGUCAGCAUGAGUUAGAGACAAACACACCACUAUUUGAGGUUCAAGGAUCCAUUCCAGACGCAGGAUAUUAUAACUCACAAAGAUAA